AUGCUUACGCCGGGCUCACUGGUGGCUCACGCCCUGCUUCACGACCUCGUUCCGCAGAUGGCCGAGCCCGACCUUGCCUGCGUGCUCACGCUGUGCGCGUGCACCUCAUCCUCCCUACGGCUCCCGGUCUCGAACGUGACGCUCUCGGGCCUCCAGUACGCGGCGCCAAUGAUGCCGCAGUCGUGCGCCAUGGUCUCGCACCUCGCGCUGGGCCUCCGCUGCACCUCGUCGCUGAGCGCGAGGACGACGGUCGGCAAGCUCCGUCCGCUGGCGAUGAUCGCCGACUUGCUGAGCGCGCGCGCUGACACGUCGCUGGUGCUCAGCGCAUCGCUGCCCGCCAUCCAUCCCGACGCGUUCCACGCGCCCGUCCCAGGCCUGCCGCAGCUCACCAUCGAGCUCAGCGUCUCCGACUCGGACAACCUGGCAUCAUCGAGAGCGAUGGCACAGUUCCAGGCCAACCUAGAGGCGACGGCGAGGGCGACGUGGAAUGGCAUCAACACGCUAGUGCACAUCCUACAGUCGCUGAUGACGCCGCAGGCGUCGAUGUGCUCGCAGCUGGCGGCCGGCGUCGACUUUUUGCACGAUGUCGAGGCUGUGGCAUGA